GCGAUAAACGGUGAGACUAGCAGAAGCCGGUUUGGCGCAGUCAGCAGCAGUAAGUUAGCGGUAAAUAACCUAAUUUUAAUUUAUAAAAUACACAGAAUUUGAACUAGUUUCUGAUUAUUUUCGUGUUUUUUUCUUUUCACUCCGCCAGCGGAUUAUCCGCUCUGUUUAAACUCCCUUCAGCGUCUCUGUCGGACACUGGAUACACUGACAAUUCGGAUUAUAAUCCCACUAACGGACCGUUUUCAUUGAAUUCAAUCCGUUCAGGAGGCGAACUUGGAACCGGAGCAGAACCGAACAGGUUAUCCUCGGUGGUUCUGGUUAGGAAAUUCGCCUCAGAAGAACGGUUGUAGUUCCAGUGUUAGAAGCUAAUAUUCGGUAUUGUUUUGGGGAGCAGACGGAGGGACAUGUGACGUGGUGUUAGUCCGUCCAUCAGUUCGCAUUUUUUCUUCCUCCUUUUGUUAGUUCGGUUCGGGUUUAACAGAACAUUUAUGAUUCAGCAGCAGGGGACUCGUCUCCUCGCCGGUGUGUUCUGCCAGUGUCGGUCCGCGGAGACCCACGCUGGCGUGGACCCGGGUGGAGGGUGUGGGCCCCCUCCCUCUGUCCACCCGCAGUCCUCCUCCCAGGACUCUCGGUCCGGUUCGGAGAUGGUGGACCAUCCGUGUGACAUGUGCGGAGGUCCGGAGCAGGAGCACCGCCUGAAGGUUCUGUUCCAGAUCCUGGAUGUGAACGGGGACGGAGGGAUCUGCGUGAACGACCUGACCAUCGGUCUGAAGAAGCUGGGAGUCCACCGAACCGAGCACGAGCUCAUGAAAAUAGUCAAAGCAGGAGAUAAAGACCAGGACGGGCAGCUGGACUUCGAAGAGUUCGUUCAUUACCUCAGAGACCACGAGAAGAAACUGCGGCUGGUCUUCAAGAGCCUGGACAAGAAGAACGACGGUGAGGAGCACGCUGAGGUUCUCACACUGAUCCAGAAUUUCCCAAAGUUUCCUCAGUCUGGGAGCAGACGGCUUCAGUUUGGGAUCGACUCGCAGGAGAUCAUGCAGUCCCUGCGGGACCUGGGCAUAAACAUCUCUGAGGAACAGGCUGAGGAGAUUCUGAGAAGCAUGGAUAAAAAUGGCACCAUGACCAUCGACUGGGACGAGUGGAGAGAUUAUCACCUGCUGCAUCCUGCGGACAACAUUCCUGAAAUCAUCCUGUACUGGAAACACUCCACGAUCCUGGACGUUGGUGAGAGUAUAAUCGUCCCUGACGAGUUCACAGCAGAGGAGAAGAAAACGGGCAUGUGGUGGCGGCACCUGGUGGCUGGUGGUGGAGCGGGAGCCGUGUCCCGGACCUGUACGGCGCCUCUCGAUAGGCUCAAAGUUCUGAUGCAGGUUCACGCCUCCAAAAGCAACAGCAUGCGCAUCGCCGGCGGGUUCCUCCAGAUGGUCAGAGAGGGCGGGGUGAGGUCGCUAUGGAGAGGAAACGGGAUCAACGUGAUCAAAAUCGCUCCGGAGUCUGCCAUCAAGUUCAUGGCGUACGAGCAGAUAAAACGGCUCAUCGGAAGCAACCAGGAGACGUUGGGAAUGACGGAGAGGUUUGUGUCCGGCUCUCUGGCUGGAGCCAUCGCUCAGAGCAGCAUCUACCCCAUGGAGGUUCUGAAGACGCGCUUGGCCCUCAGGAAGACGGGUCAGUACUCUGGGAUCGUGGACUGUGGCAAACACAUGCUCCAGAGGGAAGGAAUGAUAGCUUUCUACAAAGGUUACGUCCCCAACAUGCUGGGCAUCAUCCCCUACGCCGGCAUCGAUCUGGCCGUCUAUGAGACCUUAAAGAACUACUGGCUCCAACGCUUCGCCACAGACAGCGCUGAUCCCGGAGUCUUUGUGCUGCUGGCCUGUGGAACCACCUCCAGCACCUGCGGACAACUGGCGAGCUACCCUCUGGCUCUGGUCCGGACGCGGAUGCAGGCACAAGCCUCCGUGGAGGGCGGACCUCAGAUGACCAUGACGGGCCUCUUCCGGCACAUCGUCCGGACAGAAGGAGCGCUGGGACUCUACCGAGGCCUCGCCCCCAACUUCAUGAAGGUCAUCCCAUCUGUCAGCAUUAGCUACGUGGUCUACGAGUACCUGAAGAUCGCGCUGGGGGUCCAAUCCAGGUGAAGGGACCACGAGCUCGGACCCCAGCUGGCCAAAAAGUCCCCGCUUCCUCCUUCAUGUUGGACUGAACCAAUCAGCAGGAAGUUUGGACAGAAGGAUGGAGAGAAGUCAUGAAGGAGGCAGCCGGGCUUCCAGCGUCUGUUUGCUCUGAUUUUUUUAUUUUAUUUUUUAGUGCUUUAUCACCUCUGAGUCUUAAUUCAAACACCAGUUGACAUGACUGAGUUACUGGAAACCAGAGGAAGAGAAGCUUCUUGAAAGGGUUCAAGUCUCUGAUGGAGAUUCUGAUCAAACAUCAGAAGCUUUGGGCCGUAAAGGAACUAUUGAACCCAGCUGAGGUUAAAAUAAAUCAUCACGACAUGUUCCUCCAUGUUCCUUCAUGUUUCUGCUGUUUGAUCAGCUGCUGUCAGCCCCGCCCUCACAAAGUGACCCGACUGGGAUCAGCGGCAGCUCCGAGCACAAGCAGCUCAGCAUCUUUGUCACAUCAGCGAUGAUGAAGCUCCUCUUCAGUUCUAACAGUUCGGUUUAUGAAGUUGGACCUUCGGCACCUCCUGCAGAACAUGUGGGUAAAAAAAAAAAAGAAAGUUUUAAGACAUCAGUUUUUUUAUUUGAGUUUUAGACCUUUGGUAAAGUCAAUCAUCUCAGCUCCUCCGGGUCCUGAUGGGUUCUGAUCCAGAAUAAAGUAGCGAUAAACUGAUGGAGCAGAACUUCAUCAGCAGUUAUCAGGACGUUGCUUCAGGUUUUGGUGCUGAAGAAAGACCUGAGCUGAAGUAAAGCGUUCAUUCUCUGUCAUCUAGAUUAAUAAUCGGUUCCAGCCUGAUGGAGCUGGUUGAUCCUCAGCCGCGGUACGAGGACGCAGUGGACAGGGUUAAAGGUUACACACAGCUUCAGAAGCUGCAAUGCUUAGAAGUCUAGUCCUCAGAAACGUCCAACAUCUCACAUUUUCUCUCAUCACUCCUUUAAACUGCACAGCUCAGCCUGAUGCAUUCAGGCUUCCU